UCAUCAUGGCGGACCUGUUCAGUAAGGUCACAAAGUGGUGGUUGUGAGAUGUGAGGGCAUCCAAAUCUCUGGCAACUUCUACCGUAACAAGCGUCACAAAGUGGUGGUUGUGAGAUGUGAGGGUAUCCAAAUCUCUUUCUACCGCAACAAGCGUCACAAAGUGGUGGUUGUGAGAUGUGAGGACAUAAAAUCUCUGGCAACUUCUACCGCAACAAGCUGAAGUACCUCUUUCCUGCGUAAUUGGAUGAACACCAACCCCUCUCGUGGACCGUACCACUUCAGGGCUCCCAGCAGGAUCUUCUGGAGGACAGUCAGAGGCAUGAUGCCCCACAAGACCAAGAGAGGUCAGGCUGCUCUGGAGAGGCUGAAAGUGUUUGACAGCAUCCCCCCACCCUAUGACAAGAGGAAGCGUAUGGUCGUCCCAGCUGCUCUGAAGAUUGUGCGCCUGAAGCCCACUCGCAAGUACGCCCUCCUCGGCCGUCUGGCACAUGAGGUCGGCUGGAAGUACCAGGCCAUCACAGCCACCCUGGAGGAGAAGAGAAAGGAGAAGGCCAAGCUCCGGUACUCCAAGAAAAAGACACUGGUCAAGCAGGCGGAAAAUAAUGUUGAGGGGAAGAUUUCAGCAUAUACAGCCGUUCUGAAACAGUAUGGAGUCCUUGUCUGA